CCGUCGCUGAGAAAGUUUUCCUCCGGUAGAGCAAAGCUCUUAAGAUGUUCGAAAACGGGCUGCCCAAGAACACCCAAUGAAGUAAGUAUAUAAUUGAGGUUGUACCGUCUAAACUUAUGAAUUCGCCACGCGAUGGCAGGAUUGUGCCUUCCUAUAAACAAAGUGUGCUUUCUGGGCUAUGCCUACACAGAUCACGGAAUCAGUGCUUCUUCCUAUUCAUAUAGAUGUCACUCGAUGCACUUUUCGCCAACACACCCGAUUAUCUCUAAAUUUCUCAAUGCUCUGCACUACUCCUACCACGUCCCAACUUCCAAACAUUUAGGAUUUAGGCAUUACGGCAGUUGCAGGAGUAUAUCUGAGAUCAAUCCUACCGUUAUCAUUCCUAGUGAAAAAAUAGAUGGAGCUUCUACUGCUUCGAGUUUACAAGCAAAUGCAAAUGACUAUGAUAGGCUUUUGCGAGCAUGCAUUGAUACCAAGGCUUUUAAAGAGGGCAAACAGAUCCAUGUCGACAUCAUUAAAACUGGACUUUACUGGGACAUAUUUCUUCAAAACCAGCUUGUUAACUUUUAUGCUAACGUUGGAAAUGCAGUGGAUGCGCGCAAAGUGUUCGACAAAAUUCCCAAUCGAUACCUGGUCUCAUGGAAUGCAAUGGUUGCUGGCUAUGUGCAGAAUGGGCGUGGAAUUGAAGCUAUAAGAUUGUUUGCUGAAAUGCACGAGCCGAAUCAGUUCACUUUUGCUAGUUUACUUCGAGUUUGCGCAGGCUUAAUCGAUUUGGAAACAGGAAAGCAGAUUCAAGCACAUGCUAUUAAAACUAGAUUCAUGUUAUAUGUUUGUGUUGGGAAUGCUCUUGUAAAUAUGUAUGCAAAAUGCGGCAGAAUUGACGAUGCCCGUAGAGUGUUCGACAGAAUGCCUGAGCGAGAUGUUGUCUCGUGGAAUGUACUGAUUGCAGGAUAUGGCCAACAUGGGUACGGUGAAGAAUGCCUCAAACUCCUUUUUCAUAUGCAAUUGGCCGACAUGCCAGCUGAUCAGUUCGCUUUUUCCAGUGUUCUGAGUGCGAACUCAAGGCCAGGAAUGCUGAGAAAAGGUAAACAGGUACAUGCCCAGAUUAUAAAAACUGGAUUGGAAGUGGAAAUCACUGUAGGGAAUGCUCUACUUUCUAUGUAUAGCAAAUGUGGGAGUAUAGAGGAAGCACAUGAGCUGUUCGAUAAAAUGAAGCAGCAAGACGUUAUCUCAUGGACUACAAUGGUGACGGGAUAUGCGCAGCAUGGUUAUUGCGACAAGGCCUUCCAGCUCUUUGAACAAAUGCCCACAAAGAAUGUGGUCUCUUGGAAUGCCAUGAUUGCAGGGUAUUCUCAAAAUGCGCAAGGUUGCAAUGCUUUGAAACUUUUUUGCAAAAUGCAAUUGGCAGGCAUCAAUCCUACCGAGUUUACCUUCGGAAAUGUUGUUAAUGCAUGCUCCAGCAUAGCAUCUUUGGAAUAUGGCAAGUGGAUUCAUGGAUACAUUGCUAAGACUGGGUACCAGUCAAUUCUUCACAUUGGAAGUGGACUUGCAGAUAUGUAUGUCAAGUGUGGGAAUGUAAUGGAUGCACGCAAAAUUUUUGACCGAAUGUCUGAAAGAAAUGUGGUCUCAUGGACGGGAAUGAUAACAGGAUACGCCCAGCAUGAUCAAGGUGAGGAAGCUCUUAAACUCUUUUGCAAAAUGCAAGAAACUAGUGUAAAUCCAAACCAAAUCACCUUGGCUAGUAUCCUUGGAGCCUGUGGCAGUUUGGCAACUUUGAAAGAAGGAAAGCAAUGCCACGCUUACGCUAUUAAAACAGGACAUGUUUCAGACGUUGGAGUUAGCAAUGCACUCAUUACGAUGUAUGCCAAAUGUGGGAACAUACAAGAUGCCGUAGCAGUUUUUGACAAAAUGUCUGAACGAGAUGGUAUUUCAUGGAAUUCAAUGAUCAAUGGAUAUGCCCAGCAUGGCUAUGGAAAUGCUGCCCUCCAACUCUUUAAAAGAAUGCUUCAGGCUGGUAUGAAGCCAGAUGAGAUCACGUUUGUUGGUAUUCUGUCUGCUUGCAGCCAUGGAGGCCUAGUAGAGGAAGGCCAUAAUUACUUUGAGUCAAUGAUUCAAGAGCAUGCCAUUAUUCCUUCUGUUGAUCACUACGCAUGUAUGGUAGACCUUCUCGGUCGUGCUGGCCGAUUGGGUGAGGCACAAAAGUUGAUUAACCAUAUGCCAUGUGAACCUACUGCAUUAGUGUGGCGGACCUUGCUUGCCGCAUGCAGAAUCCAUAAUAACUUGGAGCUAGGUAAACAAGUUGCAGAAAAGAUUCUUGAACUGGAACCAGAACAUCCUGCAAUGUAUGUGUUGAUUUCAAAUAUAUAUUCUGCAGCUGGUAAGUUCGAUGUUGCAGACAAAAUGAGAAAAUUGAUGACAUACAGAGGAGUGAAAAAAGAGCCAGGAUUUAGUUGGAUUGAGGUCAACAACAAAGUUCAUUCAUUUGCUGUCAGUGAUAGAUCGCAUCCACAAACAGCUCAGAUCUAUUCAAAGUUGGAGGAAUUAACGUGGCAGAUAAAGCAGGCAGGUUACUUACCUGACACAAAUUUUGUGCUGCACGAUGUGGAGGAGGAGCAGAAGAAGCGUGUUAUCUUCCACCAUAGUGAAAAGCUGGCGAUUGCUUUUGGACUUUUAUACAGAAUCCCUGAAACGCCUAUCAGGGUUUUCAAGAACCUUCGGGUGUGUGGUGAUUGCCACACUGCUGCAAAGUUUAUCUCCAAGGUCACAUUACAAGAAAUCAUUCUGAGGGAUACCAGCCGCUUCCAUCAUUUCAAGGACGGAGUAUGUUCUUGUGGAGAUUAUUGGUAAUAUAAUUGAACAAUCAAUACAGGAAAUAUUUUUUGUCAUUGGCUUACCUUAGUACCCUGGGACUUAUAGCAAAAGGGUUAAAGGUCACGAAACAUCUUGGAGUAAUAUUCUGUAUUCUGUGGAACGGGAUGGUACAACGGGGAUGGAGGCUAGAUUUCUACUUAAAUAUAGUAUGAAUGGUAACUAAGGAAAGAUGCGAAGAUCUAGAUAAAGGAAAGAAAAUCUAAAAAGAGGUUUGUACAGCAAAAGAUAUCAAUUAAUGAAUAAACAUUCCAUUAACACCUUAUAUUAUUUGAGAGACGUUAGUGAACUGGAUAUGUAUAGAAGGCACAGAGACUAUUGACAAAUGGCAACAAAAGACUUCCUAGAAUAAAAAUUUUGUAUCCUCCGAAAAUUCUCUGUACCAUAUGAGGCUAACUGUUUGAUCUCAUUCAUUUAAUUUCUUUGAAACUAUUGAGAGUUUCAUUAUCACAUUUGUGCACAUCAAACUUGAAACAACAAUUAAUUGUUGGAUUCACCUGAAUUCACGUUACAAGGGGACUUUGUAUUUCAGCAUAAGAUAUUUGAUCUUUGAACAUUAGCUUCUACAAGUAGUAGUUUUGAUUAAGGUAACUGAUAUAUUGAUACAAGGACAUCCUAGGGUUGGCAAAAUCUUGCAUUGCCACAAACGUUUCUUGUUUUAGUUGUUGGUUCUACACAAGCUUAACUUGCACUUGCUUCUGUUUUUGGUUGUGUUCCGUUGCUCCACGCAGACAUGUUUUUGUUAUUGGGCAGUUUCAGUGGACAAACGCUACUCAUGCAGCAUUGACACAACAUUAUUUUCCUUGUGAAGACCUUGUUGGCUCUUGGUGCAGAUAAGGCCUCCGCCCUGCAAACAGUUCUAACAAGAUCGCAUAGAACAAAAAGAAUGAUUAACAAACAGUCUUCCAGAAUUCAGGAAAUGUAUUGGUAAAAUCCAUCUCAUCAUCUUAACAGUACCAAAAUUAUUACAGAGAAACAAAAGCUGAGACACAAUCUUCAUCAGUUCCUUCCCAUAGCUCCUACUUCUAAGCCAAAAACCCCUAUAUGAAGACCAAACGACCAUAAACCCUGAUGCAGAGCAUCCUGCCUACCUCUGGCACAAUGGGAGCAUCGAAAUAGAGUAUGGACUCUAUCAAAGCAUAAUGGAGAGGGGAAUUUUGUCAGAAUAUGCACAAAAUGGAUGCAAGGCGUUAUUCUCAUGUUGGCAACCGUUUCCAAUCGAGUAAGAGGGUGAAGAAACUCUUCAGUUUAUUGUGCCACUUGUCAAGCUUAACAGAGAAUGGAUGGAACGUGGGCUGUUUGACAAAUGCUUCAAAGAAAUAUGAUUCCAUGGGACGCAAUUAUAGCUCCAUUAAAAAGCGUUAGAAAUUUUCAGACAAAUGCAUUUUGACAGCUGUUACCUUCUUAAAGACCACCGUUCAAGGAUGAAUAGUCAUCAAAAGGGAGUGAGAAUGAAACGCCUUUCAUUAAAUAAUAAUUUGAAAAGAUUUAGAGGAGGAAUGUGAAUUGAUGGCAGAAAAAAAUUAAAUAAAUGUGAAGGAGACUGCAUAGAGGAGAGAGGGACCCAUUAAAUAAGGAGGUUGCACAGUAAGAGAGGGGGAGGAGGGAAAGCGACCCAAGAUAGGGUGCGCUAGAAAGUAGAGGUGAAGUUGAACUUGCAUGUGUGUGCCUGUGUAGAGAGGAGGACUGCAGUCGAGUUGGACAAUAUUUUGUGAGAGCCAGAGGAACCACAGAGUUUAAAAUUGUAAUUGAAGAUUAGCAGAAGAAGAGAACAGAUUGAAAUCUGUUUGAAAUCUGUUUUAGAGGGUGAGUUUAUGAGGAGUUACGAAGUUAACGUGCUUUGCAAGGCCAAUAAGAGGGCCAGUUCUCUGAAGAGAUUCAGAGUUUUGUUUGAGAGCUUGUAAUUUGUGUUGUGAUGUGAAGCCCAACGGUCACAUGACCCUUUGUCUUCUCCAGACUCUUCAUUUCAAACCUGAAUGUGAAUGUAUAUAUAGACGUGUACAGUCAUGUAUUGCAGAUUGAUUAAUAAAUGAUUCUCCCUGCUUUCCGGUGGAUGUAGCCAGUUUUGGUGAAUCAUGUAAAUCUUGUUGUCUCAUGUCUUUUGUUUUGUGUUCAUUAAAUGUUUUUCUCUGCUUGUUUAAACUUACAAUUGGUAUCAGAGCAUAGGUGUAAGUCAUUGAGCAGAGAUGGAGGAAGAUGAAGCUGAUUGUAUCAUUGAUGAGUUUCUCAACAAUUUAGACGCGGAAGGGAGUGAAGUUGUACAAGUCAAAGCUAAAACAAUUCGCCAUGUACAUUGGUGGGAUGGCUGGAAAGAUGAAAAAGAAGAUGCCAAAUUUGUGGACAAGAUCCAAAAAUAUGACGAUGAAGAAAGAGGGAAAAGCGAAAGCAAUUGUGAGAAAUCACAAAGAAGGUCAAACUACAAACCUAGAGAUAGUGGUUGUUGGUAUUGUGGCAAGUGAGGCCACAUCAAAAGAAUUGUUGGAAUUAUACGAAGAUAAUAGAUCAGUCAUAUGAAGAGGAGGAUUUGGCUGAAGAGAAAGAUGCUAGAUUUUUUUCUCUCUCAACUCUUGACGCAACAAUGAACUCGUUGGCAAAGUAAAAGAAAUUAGUAUCGAGAGUAAAAAGGAGGUUGAAAGCUGCCGGAAGAAGCCCGGAGUGGUGACGAGCAGGUGAAGUGUCGCAAGGAGUGGGAGGCCUGUGAUGUGAACCUCUACAAUGGCGACCUCCACAAGGGCAGUUGUUUUUUCGUCAAAGGCUGUGAGGAUGAGGAUUUGGCAGCCGCGGGGAGUGUUGGUAAUGUUGCUUCUGUACUUGAAGGAAGUGGAGGAAAAGGUCUUGAUGGUCAAGGCUCCCCAUGUACAGGUUAUGAUGUCAGUUUACCUCCUAGACUAGAUUAUAGCUCUGAAAAGAGCCUGUUGGUAUUUCUUCUUGGGAUGCAUGGAAUGUGAAGCGUCGUGAGGAUUCUGAAUUUGAACAGUUGAAAGAAAAGGUAGAGGGAUUUGUCUGUUCUUUGCAGCUGUUGGUCUCGAUGUCAAGAGACAGAAAGGGAGUCUCGUGCAUGGAGAAGAGCUCAGGUCCCCCAAUGAAUUCUUUAGAUAGGAAUGGCCGGUUUGCAUCAACGGUGGCGGAGGCAGAGGUUUGGCGGCACUUCAAAGAGAUGGGAUCUCUGGACCAUGAGUCGCUCAAGAGAACGGAGCGGGCAAGUUUUCUUAUUAACAAACUUGAUGACAAGCUAUUUGUGCAGGGUGACAAGUGUAUGGAGUGGUCAGAGGCCAUGGGUAGACAUUAUCCCAGAAAACCUUUUUUUUUCUGGCAGCAGUUGUGGAGGUGCGCCUUACACAAGGAGCAGAUAAAAAAAACAAUGUUUGUAUAAUACCAACGACGAAGAUAAUUCUAGCUCUGAUGAAUGCAUCGUGCCUGGAGAGAACAUUGCGAAUUUAUACCAUCGUUUGAUGAUUUUGACCAGAGGUUUCCCGGGCGGCACAAAAGGGAGCAUUGAAGAAAUGCUCGAUUGCGCUGAUGAUCAAUCGACAAUAUUACCGACUAUGGCUGGGGGUAAAUUUGAGCACAAGAAAGUGGAGACUCAGGACGAUUUUGAGGCUUCAGCAAAGCCGACUGUGGAAGACGAUGGAGGUGUUAUUUUGACAAAGAAACCUCCACUGUAUGUAAUGGAUCAGGUGAAAAUAGAUCCAAUAAAUAAGAUCGUUCUCCUUGGCAUUGAGGUAUAGUCUGUGGUGGGAACAGAGUGUAGAACGGUGUUUGGAGAUGGAAAGACCACCAGUGAGACAAAUCGUGAAUAUUUCAGAGAUUUUGCGCAGAAGUACAGCAGAUCCUUGCUACGCAUGCUGUGCUGGAUAGUCUGACGCAAGAGUUUCAGCUAGCAAGAACGGUAUAUGAUUACAAGAAGGCAGCAAAUAGUGAACAAGUGCAACGACUGCAGUUUAUGGAGAAAGUGACCAACGAAGCGGAAUUGGAGGAGCUGAUCGAAGGAGAGUGAACAGCAGAAGUGUUCGUUGUUGAAUUAAUGAGGUGCCAGAAGAUUGAAGAAGAGAUGUUUCAAUUGCAGCAAAUUGUUGACUCCGACUUGGCAUGGAGAAGAUUAAUCCGAAGUGUGCGUGACCAAGAGUUCGCAAAGCUUAAAUCUUGCAGUCUAGUUGUAAUGUGAAUUAGGAGUGGAAGCAGUGAUGUUGCUGUGCAUGGGUGUAUCGGUUGGUUUUCACGGGGAGAUUGUUGAGAUGUGAAGCCCAACGAUCAUAAGACACUUCGUCUUCUUCAGAUUCUUCAUUCCAAAUCUGAAUGUGAAUGUAUAUAUAGACGUGUACAGUCAUGUAUUGCAGAUUGAUUAAUAAAUGAUUCUCCCUGCUU